AUGCGCGCGACGACGACCUGGACGCGUCGGUGCGCGUGGAUCGUUCGGACGCGCGCGUGUGGGCGGAACGAAGCGAUCGCGCGCGCGAUGAACGCGAAAACGGUCGCGGAAAGAUUGAAGGAGACGUCGACGGCGGUGAUCUUGGGCUCGGGCUCGGCGACGCGACGCGCCAUCUUGUCGGGGAUGAACAUCGAGUACGUCAUCGAGAAGCCGGAUAUCGACGAGAAGGCGAUACGGUUUGAUGAUCCCGAAGUUUUGGUGCGCGCGCUGGCGAGCGCGAAGGCGACGGCGGUGCGCGAAAAGCUCGCGGAGCGCGGUGAGGGAGCGCGGAGAUUGUUGAUCACGUGCGACCAAGUCGUGGUGCAUCGAGGAAUCAUCCGCGAGAAACCGACGAGCGCGAGCGAGGCGCGAGAGUUCAUACGCGGGUACGGCUUGGACCCGCCGUCCACGGUCGGGUCGACGAUGGUGACGGAUUUAUCGAGCGGAAAGUCGGCGUCGGCGGUGGACGUGAACACCGUCGUCUUCGACGAAAUUCCCGAUGACGUCGUGAACGCCAUCGUGGACGAGGGCGAGUGCAUGUUUUGCGCCGGAGGUCUCAUGGUCGAGCAUCCGCUGCUUCAGCCGUAUCUAAAGCGCAUCGAAGGGUCGAUGGACGGCGUCAUGGGUCUCGACGCGCAAACCGUAGAGCGUCUGUUGAACGAGUUCGUCUGA